ACGAUCAAACAAAGAUGGCUGCCUCGGUUUGUUCUAAUGUGUUCGUUUUCUGUUUAUUUAUUUCUAUUUUUUCAAGUAGCUCCUCUGAAAACAUGUCGAUGGGCGCCGAUAACAGCUCAGAGCUGAACUCUACGUCCACUUUAACGGACAUUUAUCCAACAACAGAGCCGGAAACCAGCCCGACUGAGAGCUCCUACGGCCCCGCAGAGCAGCCCGCUGUAGCCGCGGACCCGCUGCCUCUCUCCGGUCACCUCCCCUCUGCGCAGGCCGGCGGUAAGCUGUCCCUCUGCGGCUCUGAGCUCUGUUUAUUCCCUGGAUUGCUGAUACCCGUUGGAAGUACAGACAUCAAACUGACAUUUCUGCCUGUCAUCUUUUAUAGCGGCAGCCAUUGGCUGUGCAGCCAGGAGGUGGCCCGCUACUCCCUGAGGACCACCAUGGACGGUUACUCCCAGCUGCAGGCAUCUGUUCAGAAGGAGACUAACCGUGGCGUCUUCUGCAUCCAGUCACAAAACCGUAAGGAGCUGCUCAGACUCAGGCUCUCCUGGGGAAUCAGAUCAGCUCCAUCUGAGCCACCACUAAACCCAAGCUUUCAUUCCUUAUCGGGACACGAUGACCACAACGGAGUCUGUGGAGGACUGGUUGAUGUACUGAUGCUUUCUUUUCAGUUCGGGGAUGUUUUGGCUACAGCAAAACCAAACGGACUCAGAGGGAUGUUCUACCUUCCAGCUCCUGGUCUCACUGCUGACUGUGUGAAGAGUCCUGCAGGGUUCCUGCAGGACCGAAGCAGCCGAUGUUCCCAGCGGUUGACCCCAGGUACUGCCUGUGGCUCACAGGAGGCCCUCAGGAUGGACACCUACUCAUCCAUCCAGCUGCUUGCUGGGAAGGACGCCGCUGCAGCGGUGGUUCCUGUGGAUGUGGAGUCAGUCGUCCUGCAGUCGGCAGAGGGGGCUCAGACCCAGCUGACCAUCAGCGGUGGGGGGGCCCUACUUCCUGAAGCCGUUAGCCCCUCCCUCUGUGCCAACGUGGUGCUGAAGGUCGUCUUUGUGAUCCAGUAUAACCGGAGCGGUGAGGUGGAGCAGGCCAGUGUUUCUCUGGUGCUUGGAUUCAUGAGCACGGCGGAGGCCUCGCUGCAGCAGGAGUUCCAGGUCCAGUUCAUCCAGGCUGGAGGGGAGCGCGGCGUCCAUCACAGCGGGAACCCGGGAUACCUGGUGGGAUCAGCUCUCAUGUCAGGAGACCGAGUAGCAGACGGCAUCAGCAGGAGCGUGGAGCUGAGCGACGCUCUGUCUGUGCUGCUCACCCAGGGGGACCAGGACUGUCUGCGGGGCCCCCACCAACGCGCUCCCGUCCGCUUCGGGCUGGACUUUGUGUCGGGCUGCACGCUAAGGCUGGAGGACGUGACCAACUGCUCCCUGGUUUCCCAGCAGCUCCUGGAUGUCCUGAGGGGACCGGCCCCUCCGCGGUUUGUGGCCUCCUUUGGAAACUCCCCGUUAGAGAAUGUGCUGGACUGGGUUCCCAUUAGAACCACCAUCAGCCCCACGGAGGAAGGAAGCUGCUCCAUCCCAGUUUCACUCCACCUGGAGAUAGAAUGGACCAAAUAUGGGUCCCUGCAGAACCCCCAGGCUCAGAUAGUGACCAUCAGGGAGGUCAUAGAGACCAACCGCAGCAGUUUGGCCCCGCCUCCUGCUGGCAGCAGCAUACUACCAAUCAGAAGCUCUGUGGCCUUCAUCCCCGUGUCUGCUGCCGCCCUCCCUGGGUACCGGGCCACGCCCACCAUCGAUGCUAAGCUCCCCUUCGACUUCUUCUUCCCUUUCGUCUGAGCCGACCAAUCAGAACAAACACGGUUUAUCAUGUAAAUCCUGUAGAUAAAUGUUUAUAGAUUUUCAGAAAUAA